CCGCCUAUAUCAUCCAGUCUCCACUAUCACCACAACCACCACCGCGUCGCCAUCACAAUGUCGACGGUAGAGAUGGAGCAGCAGCGGUCAGCGAAGAAGCGGUGCCCGCUGCGGCGGUCGCGGAAGGGGUGCAUGAAGGGGAAGGGCGGUCCGGAGAACCAGGCGUGCGCCUUCCGCGGCGUCCGCCAGCGCACCUGGGGCAAGUGGGUCGCCGAGAUCCGCGAGCCCAACCGCGGGGCCCGCCUCUGGCUCGGCACCUUCCCCACCUCCCUCGAUGCCGCCCGCGCCUACGACACCGCUGCCCGCUCCCUCUACGGCGACUGUGCCCGCCUCAACCUCUCCUCCUCCCCCUCCCCCUCCCCCUCCCCACCCAACCUCUCCUCCUCCUCCACCUCAAACUUGUCCAAUUUCUCAACCACCACCACCGAUGAUUCAUCCCAAGUAUGCGUCUCCGCCGAAUCAACAACGCCGAUGAUCGCCGGUGACAUUUUAUACGGCGCAAGCUUACGGCUCGACGACUUCGAGGACUACGUGUCCAGUCUGCCGAAGCCGGAGGACUUCGGGCUCGAGGCUUUCCACGACGUGCCGCUGUUGGGCGAUGAAUGCUUCGGUUUCUGGCCACCGUCGGAGCAGGAGCAGGACGCCAUGGCGAAGUUUGAGUCGCUGCGAUCGCCGUGGAUGUAAUUAUAUUCCAAAAAUCUGUGUCUAAUCGGUAAAUAAAUGACUGUGCGUGCGCAGUAAACGAGUAAUUAGAUCUAGAGAUAGAAACUGAAACAGAACAAUGCAAAAUAUACUCAUGUUUUUAGAUAAGAAAGCAAUAAAGCUUCUUCAC